AUGGAUUCAUCUCAAUCUCAACAACAAAGUACUAAUAUUGGUAGUAGCACGGGUAGUGGGUCAAUUGGUGCGGAAUCAUUGUCUAGUGAGGGUUCUCCUCCAUUGUGGAGGUUUGUAACAAGAAUUGAAAAACAAGGGGCGGUUGGUGGAACAUGGAAAUAUCGAUGUAAUUUUUGUAAUGAAAACCGAACAUCUAGUUAUUCAAGAGUUAGGGCCCAUUUGCUUCAAAUUAAGGGUCAAGGCAUUGCAUGUUGUAAGAAAGUGUCUCGUGCUGAUAAACUUGAAAUGCAAAAACUUGAUGAUGAAUUUGAGAAUAAGAAACUUGAUUCGGGCCCUAGAGAAGUUCCUUUGCCUAGUGAAUCUCUUUCUCAUUUGGACUCCGAUGCUAUGUUCAAGAAAAGGAAUCCACACUAUAUGAGGUCCUAUACUUUUGCUGCCACUCAUAAUAUAGCAGGUUACAAACCUCCUGGUUACAAUAAGCUUAGAACUACAUUACUUGUGCAAGAAAAAGCUAAUGUAGAGAACCUAAUGAUUCCACUAAAGUCAACUUGGAGAGAAAAAGGGGUGACAAUUGUGACUGAUGGAUGGAGUGAUCCAACAAGAAAACCUCUCAUUAAUUUCAUGGCUACUUCUGGUAAUGGUCCAAUAUUUCUUAAAGCUGUGAAUUGUUUUGGUGAAAUAAAAGAUAAAUAUUUCAAUGCUAAUCUCAUGAAAGAAGUUAUUCAAGAAGUGGGUCAUCAAAAUGUAGUGCAAGUCAUAACUGAUAAUGCAGCAAAUUGCAAAGGGGCUGGGGAGCUAAUUGAGAAAUGUAGUUGGAUCACUGAUAUCCAUGGGGAUGCAAUGGUAAUUAAAAAUUUCAUCAUGAACCACAACAUGAGAUUGGCUAUCUUCCAAAAGUUUUCUCCUCUUAAGUUUCUUUCCGUGGCCGAUACUCGCUUUGCCUCCAUUAUUGUGAUGCUUAAGAGAUUUAAGCUUAUUAAACGAGGUCUUCAAGCCAUGGUUAUAAGUGAUGAGUGGACUUCUUAUAGAGAAGAAGACAUGGGGAAGGCAAACUUUGUGAAAGACAAGAUUGUGAAUGAUGAUUGGUGGGACAAACUAGCUUACAUUGUUGAUUUCACAAAGCCUAUCUAUGACAUGAUUAGGCUUUGUGACACCGAUAAACCAUGCCUUCACUUAGUGUAUGAGAUGUGGGAUUCUAUGAUUGAACAAGUGAAGCUUGAGAUUUACAAGAAAGAAGGUCGUCCCAAUUCGGAGUUUAGUCCCUUUUAUCAUGUGGUUUAUGAAAUCUUGGUAGCUCGUUGGGCAAAAAGCAACACUCCUCUCCAUUGUCUAGCUCACUCCUUGAACCCGAGGUACUAUAGUGAUGAAUGGCUACUUGGUGAUCAAUCUAGAAUUGCUCCUCAUAGAGAUGGUGAAGUAUCUCGAGAGAGAAUGAAGUGCUUUCGUAGAUUAUUUGCACUUAAUGAUGAUGUUGGUAAAGUGAUGGAAGAAUAUGCUCAAUUCUCUAUGAAGAGUGGACCUUUUGAGGAUUUAACUUGUAUCUCAAGGAUGCAUUCUAUGGAUCCUAAGAGUUGGUGGGCAAACUUUGGAGCUCAAACUCCUCUCCUCCAAUCUUUGGCAUUUAAAGUGCUUGGGCAACCUACUUCAUCAUCUUGUAGUGAACGAAAUUGGAGUACAUAUGCCUUCAUUCACUCACUUAGGAGGAACAAGCUAAAUCCAAGUCGUGCCCAAGAUUUGGUUUUCAUUCACAACAAUCUUCGCCUUUUAUCAAGGAAUUCCGAAGAAUAUGCGGAGCUUUAUACAAAGAUGUGGAAUGUUGGUGGAGAUGCAUUUGAUUCCUUGGAGGAUGUUGGGUUUCUAGAGUUUGCGGAACUCUCACUAGAUGAGCCGGAUUUAGAAAAUGUGUUGCUCGUUGAAGAUUGA